AUGGAAAUGAGUGAUGAUAGAGUUGAUUUAGCAUCGGCAUCAAAAAGUUUAGAUGUUGUAGAGAACAUGUCAGAAGAGUGGAUUCCUAUAUGUGAAGAUGAAUCCAAACCUAUAAUCGGUAAGAUAUUUGAUUCUUUAGAAGAAGGAGAGAAAUUUUAUAAAAUGUAUGCACAUUCUGUUGGAUUUAGUGUGCGUAAUUCAUCUCAAACAAAGUAUAAAAAUGGGCUGAAAUGGAAGUACUUUUUAUGCUCAAAAGAAGGUUUUAAAGUAGAAAAACCGGUAACCUUGCAUGGAUUGGUUAUUAGUGAAGAUAGUUUGCCUAGAGUGAGAAAAAGAAAAUUGACAAGGGAAGGAUGCAAUGCAAAAAUUGCUUUUAGGAGGACAAUAGAUGGUAGAUAUGAAGUUGCAAAAUUUUAUGAAGGUCAUACACAUGCAUUAGUCACACCUAGAAAGAAACAGCUCCUAAGAUCAGCAAGGAGUGUUAACAAUGCUCACAAGAAACUAUUAUUUUCUUGUAACAAAGCUAAUGUGGGAACUUCCAAAGUUUAUCAAUUAUUGAAAGAGCAAGUUGGGGGUUAUGAAAAUAUAGGAUGUACACAAAGAGAUUUUCAAAACAAUUCAAGAGAUUUGAAAGAACUGAUCAAAGACUCAGAUGCACAUAUGUUUAUUGAUAAUUUUAGAAGAAAACACGAGAUGAACCAUUCAUUUUUCUAUGACUAUGCGGUUGAUGAUGAAGGUAGGCUGAAAUAUGUAUUUUGGGCUGAUGGUAUUUGUCGAAAAAAUUACUCUUUAUUUGGAGAUGUGAUUUCAUUUGACACAACAUACAGUACAAACAAGUAUUGUAUGAUUUUUGCACCAUUUACAGGUGUAAAUCAUCAUCGUCAAAGUGUAACCUUUGGAGCUGCAUUCUUAGCCGAUGAAAAAGUCGAUUCAUUUGUGUGGUUGUUUGAGUCAUUUUUGAAAGCAAUGGGAGGGCACAAACCUACUAUGAUCAUAACAGAUCAAGAUCCAGCUAUGAAGAUUGCAAUAGAGAAGGUAUUCAAUGGCUCUUCACAUAGAUUUUGCAUGUGGCAUAUUUUAAAAAAAGUUUCAGAAAAGGUAGGCGUUUCCUUAAAUGUCAACAUUGAUUUUAAUAAUCGUCUUAAGUCAUGUGUUUGGAAUUCAGAGACUCCUGAAGAAUUUGAAUCAAAAUGGAAGAGUAUUAUUAGUGAUUUUAAAUUAGAGGAGAAUGGUUGGCUUUCUCAAAUGUUUGAUAUUAGAAGUAUGUGGAUACCAGCUUAUUUUAAAGAUAUAUUUAUGGCGGGAAUUUUGAGAACAACCUCAAGAUCAGAGAGUGAAAAUUCAUUCUUUGGAAAUUACUUGAACAAAAAUCUUAGUUUGGUGGAAUUUUGGAUGCGAUUUGAUUCUGCAAUAGAAGCACAAAGGCAUAAGGAACUUCUUGCAGAUAAUGACACACUUCAUUCUUUUCCAGAAUUGAAGUUGCAAAUGGAUUUAGAGAAGCAUGGUAGAGAGGUAUAUACUCAUGAAAACUUUUACAUAUUUCAAAGAGAAUUGUGGAGUGCAUGCGUAGAUUGUGGAAUAGAAGAAAAGAAAGAGAAAGGUGAGAAUUCAUUAUUUUUUAUAAUAGAUAACAUUGUGGUAAAUGGAAACAAAUUGAGCAAAUGUAGAGAGGUUGUGUAUCAACUUUCAAAUCAUAUUGCACAUUGUUCAUGUAAAUUGUUUGAGUCUGAAGGUAUGCCCUGUCGACAUAUUCUUUUUAUAUUGAAGGGAAAAGGGUUGAAUAAAAUACCAAGUCAUUAUGUUGUUAAUAGAUGGACAAAGUUAGCAACAAGUAGAUCCAUUUUUGAUUCCGAUGAAAAUGUGUUCGAGGAGUCUUCUAAAUUUGAAAGUGAAAGUAAGUUAAUCUCAAAUGCAUGGGCACAAUUUUUUAAAUGCAUGCAUAUGGCUGGUACAAGUAAGGAGAAGCUGCUCCUCAUUAUAAAUGAUGGUGCUAGUACUGAAUCAAAAUUGGGUAAGAUGAAGAAUGAUAUUGCACCAACAACCUUAGAUGAAUUAGAGGUUUUCAUCGGUUCCAAUGUACCAAAAGAAAUUGAUAUUUUUCCACCCGAGCAUUCAAAUACCAAAGGAUGUGGAAAACGAAUUAAAGGGGGAAAAGAGAAAGCAAUGGAACAGCAAAAAAAGCGAACAAGAUUUUGUAAAGCUUGUAAGCAAUACGUGUAUCAUGAUAGUCGUAAUUGUCCCACAAAAUCUUCAUAA